AUGUCAACAGAACAAAGGACUCCAAGUGAAGAAAUUUUAUCACAAAAAUGGGAUCGCGCCAUUUCUAAUUUUGUUGUAAAGACUGGUCUCGGUUUAAGUGUUGGUAUUGUUGCAUCUGCAUUAUUAUUCAAGAAGCGUACUUGGCCUAUUGCUAUCUCUACUGGCUGGGGUUUUGGUGUCGCCUAUGCUGACGCUCAGCGUAUCUUCCACCCUUCCAACGUUCCUGGUGCAAAGUUUGAAAAAGAAGAGCCUUCUCUUUAG